UCACCGUUCUUUGCAAUAGGUUGAGGAAGUCCAUACUUUUCUUCCAGGCAGAUGGAGAUAGAAGCCUGAGUUGCUUACGUUUUGGAAUUGGUUUUCAUCUGCUCAUCAUCUAAACGUUUGCUCAGGUUUCCAUCUGAUUCAGAUUUGAAUCGACAAGCCUAUCCAUCAAGGAACACUGCCUGACGCCACCUGUUUACUUCGAAACUCAAGUAAACGUAAAGCCUUCACAAUGAUGCAGAUUAGCAACGACACCGUGAGCAAUAAGCACUCCCUCAUCAACGUGAUGCACCGCUUCAUAGCAGCAGCCAACAACAUGGACGAGACCAUUAUGGUGCCAAGCCUCCUGCGGGAUGUGCCGUUGGAGGAGCAGCAAGCGAGCCAUCCCCCAGAGGUGGUGGAAAAUAACAACGAGCCUUUUCCCAACAAGCAGAGGGACAUGUACGAGCACUACCUCCUACUGAAGUCUAUCAAGAACGACAUGGAAUGGGGCUUAAUUAAGAGGGAGAUGAGCGGUGGGGCCAGUUUCCUGGAAAUGGCGGUCAAGCAAGAGGAGCAGCAGCCUGUGACAGGGGGCCUCCCUGGUGACGAGGGCUCAGACCUGGAGGACCAGUUCCACUACCAUCUUAGAGGGUUGUUUGGUGUCCUGUCUAAACUCACAGUGCAGGCAGACCACCUCACUAACCGCUACAAGAGAGAAAUUGGAGGUGGCAACUUCAUGAGAUAGGAGCCACAUUUGGAUUCUAUAUGGACUGCUUGACCUGCAAGCAUUGGAUGCACUGUCAUGGGAGGCCUCACACUCCUAAUGUAAGAUGUCUGACAGGCUGUGUGAGCUGACCAGAACUACCUUGUGACUUCUCAAUCCUGUCUGAGCAGUGUCCCCAUCCCCCCCCCCCCCCCCUCUUUCUUAAAGCUCUGUUAAUCAUCACUGUAAACCAAUCUGAUUGAUACCUACACAUGGCCCUCAACGUGUAUAGGCAAUGAAGUCAAACUGUUAUGCAGUGUUUAGUAUGUUCUAUUAAAAGGGUUUGCAGAACUUUCUGAGUAGUUUAAUUGUGGCUCUGGUACAUGUGAGUUGACAUUUCACUACUCAGAAUUGAAGUGGUUCUUUGUUGGAACUGUCUUGUCUGUAAAGUAACGGUUUCUAACUGUAGGAGAAUUUGGAAUGCUGGUUAUUCUGUCCCUCCUUGACAUUAAGGACUUGGGCUGUUCAAGGGCCUAAAUUUUUAAAAUGAAUACUACGCACCACUCCUGGUAGUUUUUUUUUAUUUCAGCCCUUCUGUAGGUUCACAUGUCUGGAUAUUAAAAAAUAAACAAGGUCUAUUAAUGCUA